AUGGCGGCGCCAAUACUAAACGUAGAGUCCGCAAAACGCCUUGCAGCUCACCGCGCAGUAGACGAGCACUUCCCCGCCCAUGCCCGCCAUGUCGGUAUCGGCUCUGGGUCCACCGUCGUCUACGUCGUUGAGCGGAUCGCGCAGCUGUCACGCGAAAUCACCGACGGGAUUAUCUUUGUCCCCACGGGCUACCAAUCGCGUGAACUUAUCUUGCGCGCCGGCUUGAAGCUAGGAAGUAUCGAAUUGCAUACUGACCUUGAGGUCGCAUUCGAUGGCGCAGACGAGGUAGACCCGUACCUCAACUGCAUCAAGGGCGGUGGGGCAUGCUUGUUCCAGGAGAAGCUAGUCGCUCUCUCUGCGAAGAAGUUUGUUGUUGUCGCUGACUACCGUAAACUUUCACCUUCACUCUCGACUCAUUACGCUCCUGGUAUCCCCAUCGAGGUCGUCCCCACCGCCGCAACUCAUGUUCUCUCCCGCCUAAUAUCGCUCGGUGCUGUAAACCCCGUUAUCCGCAUGGGCGGCGCCUCCAAAGCUGGACCCUGUAUUACAGACAACGGGAACUUCAUCAUUGAUGCCCCUUUCCCCGACGGCUUCAUUCCAUCCCCUACCUCACGUCUAUCACACCAGCGCAGUAUCUCUCCCACGAGCUCUUCAAUCGGCUUAGACGCCGGUGCUGUACAGAUGGGCGGCGAGCGUGUUGGAGGCCUCGACAUCCUAGGCAAGGAGGGAGGUCACCCUGGAGCGGCGGUAGGAAUGGGAGUGGGCGGGAACGAGAAGGUUGAAGAACUCGCCAGGGUUUUGAAGAACAUCGUGGGAGUAGUGGAGCAUGGUGUGUUCUGGUCGGGGGAUAAGAAGCCCGUGAUGGCAUAUUUUGGGAUGGAGGAUGGCAAAGUGGAGACGAGGACGUUGCAUGUAUAG